GGAUUUGUAAACCCCGGAGCAAGGUUCUGCCUACCCGAGGCCGCUGCUGUGCGGAGACCCCGGGGUGAAGUCACCAUCACCAUGUCUGACCAGGAAGCAAAACCUUCAACUGAGGACUUGGGGGAUAAGAGGGAAGGAGAGUACAUUAAACUCAAAGUCAUUGGACAGGAUAGCAGUGAGAUUCAUUUCAAAGUGAAAAAGGCGACACAUCUCAAGAAACUCAAAGAAUCAUACUGUCAAAGACAGGGCAUUCCAAUGAAUUCACUCAGGUUUCUCUUUGAAGGUCAGAGAAUUGCUGAUAAUCACACUCCAAAAGAACUGGGAAUGGAGGAAGAAGAUGUGACUGAAGUUUAUCAGGAACAAACAGGGGGUCACUCAGCGGUUUAGACAUUCUUUUCAUUUUUUUCUUUUCCCUUAAUUCUUUUUUAUUUUUAAAAAAUAGUUCUUUUGUAAUGUGGUGUUCAAAACAGAAUUGAAAACUGGCACCCCACCUCUUUAAGACAUCUGG